AUGCUCUUCCUUUGGUCAGUACUGAAUCUCCUGUUGGCUGUUGUUUCAUCAGCAGAGGAAUUGGUCGAACAGACCCAUGUUCCAGUUUUGAUGUGGUCUCAUCAUUUAAUACCGGCACUUCACAAAUAUUUAGGUAAGUUUGACAACUCGUUAGAAUUACCCCUUAGUACUUUGUUUCAAGUUGUUAGAGAAUUCACUGAAGAUUGCGAAACCAGUGCAUUCAUAUUCAUCAAUCAACCUGGACUAAGAAAAGAUGAUCUUGUGGAAUAUGAAGAAGAAUUUGUUAAUUUGGAAAGGUAUUUGAGAAAAAGUUCUACAGCAUUGGCUUUUGAACAAGUGGAAUUGAUGCCAGAUGAUACCUUUGAGCAAUUGACUGAAUACGUUCAAGAAAUUUGUAGAAUUGAUAAGUUACUUUAUGUGGAAGGGGAUAAUCUUGAGAGUUUUCAACCAUAUAUCGAUAUUGAAAAGAGAAUUAUCCGUAUUGAAUACCCACCUUUGCCUGAAGAUCCAGAAUUACGAGGACAGGCCAUUCUUACAUUUGACUCAAAUUUAAAAAAGAUGUUAGCGCAAGUGCCAUCUCCUGCGCAUAGGGUCAUCUAUACUUCUUUAGAGCCAAAUACAGAUGUCCUAGAAUCUACGGGAAGAAUUUUCCAACAUAUUUUCCAAGAUAAGGAUCGUGAAAUACCUAUUGAACGUAAUAACCAUCAUCUGGACAUUCCACCACAAUUUAACGACUAUAAACCAAAAUUUGAGGGUAUGACAGGGGAAUAUUUAUCAAUAUUCGAUGCAGAUUUCAUUCAAGAGAAUAAACAAUUGCUAAUUGCAAUUACCACCUCAUUAUUCGGGUUUUUAAUCUUGCAAUUAGUACCAUCAAGGUCUCCGACUACCACUGGUACUACUAAGGAUAAAAACCCCGCUGAAGAUAUUAAGAUUGCUGAUAAAAAACCACUGGAGCCUCCCAAGAUCAAUUUGGAGACGUCAGAUGAAACCGAUAGUUCUAAUUGA